AUGGGUGGAAGAGCUAAGAGGAAAAUAGCAAAGCGUACUGUAAGGAGGUUUGUGGCUAGGGAUGAAGGGGGAGGUGUGAUCAGGUUCACUGAGGAAGAGUUGAACAAUAUCAGUGAGCUUGAGAGAGGGCCAAACUAUAUUGAGGUCACAUGUGGGUGCACAAACAAGAAGUAUGGUGAUUAUAUCGGCAAGCUUAGGAUUAGUUCCUUUGGCCAUUUUAAGAUCACCUGCACCUGCAGUGAGAAAUGCAAGCAAGUGAAUUUGACUCCCUAUGCUUUCGAGAAACACAGCGGAAGGGAAGGGGUUAAGAAUUGGAAGAAACACAUUUGGGUUAUUAUUAAUGAUAAGAAGGUUGCUCUCUCAAAGACUGUUCUGAUAUCAUACUACAAACAUUCAACAAAUAUGGUCCUUAGCCGCCCCAAACAAUUUCAUCGCGAUGAGUUCAUUAGUUGUUCAGAUUGUAAGAAGCUGCGCAGGUUUCUACUCCGUGAUCAAGUGGGUUGCCGAACAUAUCAUGAUGCGUUGGCUAACAAAAACUGGAAAUGUACUGACUGGCCUUAUGAUAAAAUAUCCUGUGAUGAUGAAGAAGAGCGUGAGUGUCGCAAAAUCUGCAAGGGCUGUCCUCGUUCUUCAACAUGCAGGGGCUGCACUUCUUGUGUGUGUUUUGGGUGCACCAGGUGCCGCUUUUGGGACUGUGACUGCCGCACUUGUGUUGACUUCAUGGAGCAUGGAGAACCUUAGGCCUAGUCCCCAGAAUCAUAUCCUUUCUUGCCUUUACUUAUUUGAUCAAGAAUAAAGAAAGUUUGAGACCUCAAAACUUUCUGUUUG